GUGCCCUAUUGUUAGCUUAAUCUGUUUGGUUUGCUUAAAGUAUCUGUGCCGCGCCUACUUCGAUUGUUGCUUAGCGUAUCUGAUACCAGUAUGUGGAUUCUCCAGAUCCCGGUUCGUGCGCGCGCGCGUGCUCGAUUGAUUUGCUGGUUCCUAGCUAUUCGAUUAUCUGAAGAAGAACCUGGCAUCCAUGAUUGAACCCUUCCAGGUUUCGAUUUGAAGGGCGUUUCGUCUGGGAUCUCUUCAUGGUGUUUUAGAGAUGGGGAAUUAAUUCCUUCAAUCAAAAUUAAUAUAUGCGCAAUCAGUUCCUUCAAGAAACACAUAUGUAAUGUAUCAACACAGGUCACAUGACAUGGCAUGCAUCUUUCUCGAUAGGGGUGGUGACAAGCCUUGGAACCCAUGGCGGUGGAUACUUUUCCUUUGAGAAGUUUUUAGUGAUUUUAGCUUGGCCCUGGGUGUUUCUUCCCCAGUUUCUCCCUUCCCACUUAGAGACUGCAACCGCCACGCCACUGUUUCUGGAAGCGAUUAAUGUUUAAUAGCAUUCGUAUGUCUUCCUUGUUAAGGAAUCGGUCAUAUACCUUUUUUAUAGAAAAAUCAAUUGCACAUAUUUGUUUUGUUGUUGGUACACUUUCCUGAAGAUAGAUCCAUAUGUAGGUUUGGUGCCUAAAAAGAGCAGACGUGGUGAUGCAAUUGGGGCUAGGGUGAGUGUCUGUUGCGGCACUAAGAUAGCGAUGCAAUCGCGGCUACAGCUAGUUUUUUUUUGUCUUUUGUGAAGUUAUCUUCUACAUCGGUGCAAUUAGUGCUCAUGCAUACAUCAUGUAGGAUUGCGUGCUUGCAACAUUGCCAGCCAUGCGCCAGGUACCGCCGCAAGAUCAAAUUCACCGUCAUGCAUUAACCCAUUGAUCAUAUGACAUAUCGUCAUGACACCUGUGCACAGGAAGACUCCUUGUAGUAGAUUCUUGGUAUGCAUGACAGCAUGCUAUAAAUCAAUGAAACUGUUGCAUGUCAUAAAUAAUGAAGCUGGCCAAGAAAUUACCUUAUUUACCCUCCAGACUUUUUUCUGAGGAAUCAUCUUAAAGCAGCACAUCACCAUUUGGUCUGCUUUGACAUUUGAAAGUUGAGACUUGAGACCCUUUAGGACUUGGAAGUUCUAAUGGUUGCAACUGAAGUAUUGAUAUGUUUGCUAAUUAAUAGGUGAAUGGCCUGCUUGCUUUGUUUCUUUCAUAUGAACACUAGGUACUGAAUGAAGAAAAUAAAUAGUACCGUGGGCGAGAGCUAGGGAGAACAUGCAUGUGCCUUAUAUGCGCCUUAGGUCGGAUGACAUCAAAGGGUGUGCCAAAAGCAAGCGUGAUGAUAGAGAAUAGAUAACAUGAAGUCAUGAUGGUAAGGGUUCACACCUUCUUAGACCAUGUACAAUGCAAGAUGCUUAGAGAGGUGCUUAGUAAAAUAAACCGUGUUUUUCUUAAGCACCGGUGCUUAUGUUUGUGACAGGGGUGCCUAGUUAAGCAUCUGCUCUCUACAGAUAAGCACCGGCUUGCAUUGUACAUGGUCUUGCAUGUUCUUUACAUUGGAAACUGAAGAAGCACAAGAGGACAAAAUAAUGAUGUUUUACCUUGUAUUUCUCAAGUAAGUAUAUCUUGUUCAACCUCCCUGUCCAAAUACAGGUCAGCUUUUAAAUAAAAAAUUAGAUGGAUUAAUUUUUUGUCCUUUUCUGACAUCGUCUGGUAUAUAGUGUGUAUCUUUUGCCCUUGGUGAAGGUCUCACGCCAAAAAAAGAUAUUAUAUCCAUAUAUGGUUAGAUCCAUCGCAAACAUUGGCAGCCUUCUUUUCUUCCCCAUAGGGUCUCACUGACCUGAUGGAAAAUCUUUCAGUUUUAGUUCUUGAUCAGGAUCCGGUUUCCCUGUGGACCAUCUGCAAUACGCUUGCUAGAUUCAACUUCAAAGUUCUUCCCUUCCAAACAGGGGAAGAGGCCCUAGAUUCCCUUAAAAAGGGGUUUGCUAAAGAUGAGGAGCUUGAUUUGAUAGUAGCGGAAGUUCAUCCUGGCAAUACAGAGGUGGGCACCUUGCGGCUGUUUCACCACAUCCUGAAUGAACUUGAAGUGCCUCUCAUCACUAUGUGUGCCUAUGAUGAGGCAGCCUCUGCACGCAUGACCCUUGGAACAUGCUUCAAUGUGGUUAAGCCGUUGGAUACUGAAACCGUAAAUUUUCUGAAGAUGAGAGCACUGCAACACAGGUCUAUUAAAAAUCACAGGUCUGAAACUGAGGAUGAAGAACAAGAUGCGUUGAACGUGAAUGUCUAUUCAGAUAAUCUGGGUCGGUUCAUAUGGAGCAGUGAGCUCCAUGAAAAGUUUUUGCAGGCUGUUGAAGUGAUUGGGGUGUCUGCUACGGCAAGAAAAAUUCACCAGAACAUGAAUGCCAAGGAUUUGAAUUUGACCAUACAGCACAUCGCAAGCCAUCUCCAGAAACACCGGCUGCGGGCGCCGAAGUUAUCUCACAAUGAAGAGGUGUAUCAACAUUAUGCCAGCAUGAAAGAAUUAUCUGAGAUGAUUGCAUCAGCAUACAAGGUAGCUAGUGCUAAACCCAAUAAUCAUCCGGCAACAACCCAGACGCAGUUCACACAUGGGGUUGCGUCUGCUAUCUGGGACAAGUACCCUGGGAUGGUGUGGCCACAUGUGGAGGGAAGUUCAGCAAGCUCUGCUAUGUGCUACAAUUACCCCGGAAAGCCAUGGGGACAAGUAGGGGAGAGUUCGGCCGGAGCACGAGUUUCUCAGACUAAUGCACGCCCACCUCCAGUUCUGAUACAUGGUACCAAGUCCAUCUGGGACCGUUACGAGGAGAGCCUGUCAUACAAACGCGAGGUGCUACCUAUAAGGAGCAAGGCACUUGAUGGAUAUGGACGCAACAUUUCCGUCAGCCUGGAGAGAGAGAUCAGUCGUACUGAAUCAGCAGGCAAGAUUGUCAUCAAUCUGGAGAGCGAUGAAAUGCAGAAAGACACCACGGACGACGUGCACGCCGCAGUUACUCUGCAGGAAGACACAAUGGACGAGGUGCAUGCCGCAGUUACUCUGCAGAAAGACACCAUGAACGAGGUGUACGCCGCAGUUACUCUGCAGAAAGACACCAUGGACGAGGCGCACGCCGCAGUUACUCCGCAUGAAGUGAACGAGGUGCCUGCUGCAAACAUGGGCGCUGGUUAUCUGGUGGAUCUAGCAGGCAACUACCACCCCGCUGUAGAGAAUGCGCAGUCUAAGCCUUUCAGUGACUUGGAUUGGGAAGAGAUGGAGAAAUUCUGGGCGAACCAGAUGGAAGGACAGCAGGAGCAGCAAGGCCUUGACCUAGUGGAUCUGCUCCAGGUAGAUGGCAUUUCACCAGAGGAACUGCUCCAGGAAGACGAAGCCUGGAACCAGGCACUUCAGCCGGCAAACCCGGCGAAUGUCGUCAACAACGCACCCAUGGCUGAAGAACCUGGCGCUGGAGAUGCCCCGGUGUACGAUCCUGCGAACCAGUCCGGUGUCGCCGAAAAUGUGUUCUGGGUCUGGAGCCCCCAGUUUGCGGGCGACUACUACGGCAUGCCGUUCUAGGCCUGCCGGAAGAGGGGCAACUGAAGAGCUGCUUUAUCUCUGUCCUGUGGAGAAAUCCCCGGGAGAUAUAUGGGAGAGCUGCUGAUGCUCGGACAUAUAUCCAGUGCUGUGUGACAUUGGUUAAACCCUUUCGUUAAUAGGUUGUGUUAUGACAUUAUCAGUUUCCAGACUUUUACAUAUUAUCUUCCUCUGAUGCAUUAUGACCUGAUAA